GUAAAAACCAAAGACAGACAUCGUCAACAGCGCUUUACUUACGUUAUUCAAAUAUUUCACUGUGUUUCACUAUUCUCUUAAUACGUCCAUGUUUUUUUCCCCACGAUGCUUCCCGCAGCUGCAGUUUUUCAUUUUCCCUGGGAAAUAAACUCUGGAGCAGUGCAGGAAGGAGAUUCAGUGAGAGUAUUUGGCAGACUGGUCUGCUAUCUGCCUGAGCAGUCCAGAGCUACACUGUCAGCACAGCAUGCUUCUAAAGAGCACCACGUGGCUGUCCACACCUUGUUUGUGGAGCCUUUUCACUCAAUAAUUGGGGCCCAAUACUUAGUUCUGGGUGAGAUUGAAAAAGCUGAGGGGGUUGGUGUGAUGGUGCGUGCCCGUGUGCUGAACUGCGUUGAUGGUGUAAACGUUGCACUUCUACAGAAAGCCAUCAAUGAGCAAAGGAGCUUCUUUGGGGAGAGGGAGUGCAAACAGGGUGAUGGUACACUCCCUGCACAUGAAACCUGAUCAGGGUCUCCCACGUUUUCCAGGGUGCUCGUUGACUAUCAGAACUACAGUGCUGCUUCCUGAAGCUGUUUGCCAAGUUUCAGUUGAGUACUGUUGUGUGAGCUCAAGUUAAGACCGUCUGGUUAACUCUAAAAGACGGUUUAUAUGACUAUCUGGUCUACCUCUGACCAUAAAAGUUUAUUAGUACUGGGGUUUGCCAUUUGACAAUUAAGGUCCCAAAUGAACGGAUUGACAUCAAGGCUUCAUAUUUGGUCAAUGAAGAAUUAAUAGCAGAUGUUUUGGCCUAUGAAUAUGGUACACAUUUUAGCCAUGUCUCUGUGUUGAGAAAUUAUGUUUUUUCAGUGCUACCCUUUCAUAUGGUGGGUGUUACCAGUGUCAACAUUAUUUAUGUACUUUGUGGUCUGAUAUCUUUCGAAAAUGCUUUAAAAAUUGUUACAACAGAUAUUUCGUGUAUGGGUCAUGGAAUAAAGACUAAGUAAAGAAUUACAAAAAACAAACUAUAUUCCACUCAUAUUAAAAUGGCAAAGGUUUUAAAUUUUACACAGAUGUAUAAAUCUAUUCUUUGUACGUUGUUGUUGUGACGGACAAUUUAAAAGAUGACUAUUAGGUUAUCUAUUAGAAACGUUUUGGCUAUAGUUUUGGCUUUUACAUAGAUAAGGACUUGCACUGAAGCUCCAUUAGCAGAAUUAACAUUUAAUUCUUUUGAAUUGAACUAUGAAACAUGUUACAACCAUACAAUU